AUGGCAUUAACUCCAGCAGACUCGGAAGAGCUCGCCAUCAUCAAGUAUUUGAAUCUCGACCAUGACCCGGCAAAGACGCUCGUGGAUGUAGAGCGGGUGAGCGACGGUGAAGUCCUCCUCGGGUACCGCAUGGACAACAAGACCACGUCAUCGAGGUUCUUGGAGUUGUUUAACGAUACCCCCGCCAAGGACUUCGUCAAGCAACUUUUGAACCACGAAAACCUCGUGUCUAUCGCGGGGGAGGUCACGGGCGGCAGAAUCGUCAAAGAUAACGGAAGUACGGGGACCCAAUCGUGUCAAUAUCUCGUCUUUGACCGCUGCGACGCGGGUACGCUCGACACCAUGCUCCAGAAGCCGCCGGCGCCGCUUACCAGCACGGGAUUCAUGCCGCCGUCGCUCUGCUGGCACGUACUUGUCAGCCUGCUCCGGGCGCUGGCGUGGCUGCACGACGGCUACCGCGAGGACGGGGCCGGCGGCAUGGUCAACGCGCCGCGAGGCAUGGACUACGACGGCCACGAGCAGGACAACUGGUUCCAAGACGCGGACUGGCUGGCAGUACUGCACGGCAACAUCACACCCGAGAACGUCUUCUUGCAGAGGCCCAGGGGUUCCGAGACGUAUGGGUUGGUCAAGCUGGGCAACUUCUCUGACGCCCAAAUCGCGACCCAUGUGCGCGGGGCGAACGGGAUCAUGGUGGCGUUCAAGCACCACGAGGGUGCUGAUUGCUCGUCUGACCAGCUGGAAGAGCUCAGAGAUGGGAAUUUUGACAAGCAUCCAAACUCCUAUUCAUAUUACACUCGAGGUUCCGACCUCCGAGCUGUAGGUGGCAUCCUGUACCAUAUGAUGACGGGCAUGGCACUCCCGCCGCCCAACAGAUGCCCACAGUGGGACUGUGGCUGCUACCACUGCGAACGGGGCGCAGCCCCCUGCACGCACGACUGCUUCCAGAAUGUCGACCUGUCAAGCCAGGACAAGUGCGUCGAGCUGUUCAGCAAGCUCACCGACUACCACGGGCCUUACCGGGAGAGGGAUCUCUGCAUACAGGUCGGCAGCCUGAUGGCGAUCGACCCUAGAACUAGCAAACUCGAUAGUACGGUCUCGCUGUACCAGGUGGUCAAGGCGGCGCAUGAGGCCUGGUUGAGUUCUCACCCAGACGGCCAGCUGAUCGUUACACUGGAGGAUGACUUGCUGGCCAGGGAGAGCAGGGCAUGGAAGAAGGCAGCGAGGAUGAUUGAGGCGGAGAAGAGAGCACAGGGUGGUAAUAUUUGA